AAUUUUAUAAAUCAAUCACAGAACACUACUGAAACACUGCAAAGAAAGAAAAUGGCUGUGACGGUGAAACAAAAACAUUUUGUUCUAGUGCAUGGGGCAAACCACGGAGCUUGGAGCUGGUACAGAGUCAAACCACGGCUGGAGGCUGCUGGUCACCGGGUCACGGCGCUUGACCUUGCUGCCUCUGGCAUCAACAUGAAGUCCAUCCAUGAAGUUCUUUCAUUUUAUGACUACACUGAGCCUUUGUUGGAGAUUUUGGCCUCUCUUCCACCUGAUGAAAAGAUCAUACUUGUUGGUCACAGCCUAGGAGGCUUGAAUUUGGCUUUAGCAAUGGACAAAUUCCCAGCAAAGAUUUCUGUCGCUGUUUUCUUAACAGCUUUCAUGCCAGACACCAACCACAAUCCAUCUUAUAUCGUGGACCAGUUGCUCAAGAGAACACCAGCAGAAACUUGGAUGGAUACUCAAUUUUCCCCCUUUCACACAAAACCAUCUCUCCAGUCAAUGUUCUUCGGCCGCGAGUUCUUGAAAUUCAAGCUCUAUCAGUUGAGCCCUGUUGAGGAUCUGGAGCUAGCGAAGACGUUAAUUAGGCCAGGAUCACUAUUUGUAGACGACUUGGCAAAGUCCAAAAACUUCUCGAGCGAUGGGUAUGGAUCAAUUGCGCGAGUAUAUAUAGUAUGCGAGGAGGAUAUGGGGAUCCUAAAGGAGUUCCAGCACUGGAUGAUCGAAAACUAUCCUGUCAAAGAGGUGAUGGAGAUUAAGGGUGCAGAUCAUAUGGCGAUGUUUUCCAAGCCCCAAGAACUCACUCACUGUCUCUUAGAGAUAGCGAAUAAACAUGCUUGAUAUGGGUCACGGGAACAUCUCCAUGAUGUUGUGUUAAAGGUUACCGAUUCUGGUGAUCAAUGGCUGUGGAACUUUGUUGGUGGAUUAUCGUUUUCAACUAGUGGUUUUCAGUGCGUGAUGAUAUUUAUGCAGUAAACCAAAGUCUCAUAAAUAAUUUUCUUGUACUUGUAGAUUAAAACAAAACAAGAUAAGUAGGCGGCUGGAGACUGCCCAUUCGAAUCUUAAUAACUGUGGUUGAGCAUGCA